AAGUGCCAUCGACAGACGAUUACUGAACAAUUUCCCCUGAAGUGGGAUUUCAGUGGUACCAUGUGGACAAGCGGACCCGGAAUACCAAAGCACCGCCCAAGGAUAUGCAGCCGAAAAUUGUCGACAGCUCGCCAUCAGCGGCGGCAAGGACUACAACGUGGACGUCGCAAAGAAGCAGCUGGGGCGAAAACGAUGGAUCCGCAUCCGGCAGCGACUCGCUGCUGACUUCGUCGACAGCUUCGCUGCAACCGCCGCAGGAAAAGCUGCGGAGGUCGGGCCCUGGACUGCUGAUUUUUCCCGGCCAAGCCCAAGGACAUCAGCAUAAUCCAAAUGACAGCUCGGGCAGCAAAACAGUUGCAACAGCUAAUGACGGGAACGUGGCCAUUAAUCAGCAGGGAGCAGCCAGGAGCAUUCGCUCCUUUCGACGACCGCCACUAUGGCAACGGCCGCCAAUGGAUUCCGGGGAAGGGCAGGAAAAGCGGGUCCUGGAUCGCGAAAAUCCAAAGCAUACCCGCAGUGCCUGCCUGGCCAAAGCACAGGCCUUCAUAAUCGAGUUCCUGCAGGGCUCCUCCAUGCACGGCUUCAUUUAUUUGGCCAAGCUCGGCCUGAACUUUGUCGAACGCAUGCUCUGGUUUGCAUUCAUCUGCGUGGCUUUAUUCAGCAUCAUCUCGCUGAGCAAGCGGACCUGGCAUCGCUUUCAGACCUCGCCGAUGGUCAUAUCCAUGGAUCGAAAUAAGCUGUUCUGGAACACGAGCUUUCCAUCAUUGACAGUCUGCCCUCAUAAGCGCAUCGACGAGUUGAAAGUGGAGGAGUAUAUACUUGCCCAUCCCGACCAAUUUUUGUCCGAGGAGGAUCAAGAGGAUUUCCGCGAAUUUAUUGUAAAACUUGCCAGCCUCACUUACGACAACUUGGAGACACUGCCGCUGAACAAGUCGUAUGGCAUUCCGAGUGUCAAGUACUUGGACCUGCUCUACGAGUUGAAAUGGCCCUUUGAACCGGAAAUCAGCAGUGGCGCCGCCGUCAAAAUGUUCAUCUAUGAGACGCAAACGGAGUUUGGCAUUUGCCAUUCAGUCAACUCGCUGGUGGCUCGCUACAAUUCCUUCGACUACUGGCGCUCAGGCGACUGGAGCCUUUUGGACCACGGGGAUCGGGUCACAGUUCAUCCACUGGAUGGCGAGAUCUACGCCCAGAUUAUAAACCUUUCGACAGCCUACGAUGUUUAUUUCCACGGGGCCGGGGAUGUCCCAAGCAUAUCGAAGCAGAGAUAUACCUUUCCAGAGAGCGAUUAUACUACAGUUGAACUAAUCGCUUUAGAGAUAUUUACCAAUGAAGAAGCCAGAGCUUUCAGCACCAAGCAAAGGAGCUGUCGCUUCAACUACGAAGCCGAGGAGAUGCUGACCGUGCCCAUCUACAGCUUUGGCCUCUGCCUGUCCGAGUGCCGAAUGUUUUUCGCUCUGCAGGUCUGCGGCUGCAUUCCGCACUUCUACCGGAACCUCCUGCGAAAUGGACGAAGGUUGCCUGUUUGCGGGCUGGAGGGCAUCGGAUGCCUGGUCAAAAUUAAACGCGAGAUAAUCUCUUUGAAAUCGGACAAAUACAAAAUCAAUUGCAAUUGUUUGGCCAACUGUGAUGAUUCGAACUUCUUUGUGCAAUCCUACCGCUCGCGUGUCUGGUUCUUGGGCGCUAAUCUGCAAUGGGGCAUAUCGAGUGGGGCAUAUCCCAAAAUGCAACUCCGACGAGACGUCCUCUUCUCCUUCGCAGAUGUUUUGGUUUACAUCGGCGGCCUGGUCGGAUUUUUCUUGGGCUGCAGUGCCUUGAGCUUUACGGAAAUUAUCUAUUACUUUACGGCUCGAUUUGUGCGACGCAUGUUUUUUAAUUAAUUCUCAAUGACACUCACUUAC